UCGUCGGCUUCCUGCUCAGGCGCCUCCCAGACACCUCCCAGACUCCUCCCAGACACCUCCCAGACACCUCCCAGACACCUCCCAGACACCUCCCAGACACCUCCCAGACACCUCCCAGACACCUCCCAGACUCCUCCCAGACACCUCCCAGACUCCUCCCAGACACCUCCCAGACUCCUCCCAGACACCUCCCAGACACCUCCCAGACACCUCCCUCCUCCCAGACACCUCCCAGACACCUCCUACACACCUCCCAGACACCUCCCAGACACCUCCCAGACACCUCCUAGACACCUCCCAGACACCUCCCAGACACCUCCCAGACACCUCCCAGACACCUCCCAGACACCUCCUAGACACCUCCCAGACACCUCCCAGACACCUCCCAGACACCUCCCAGACACCUCCCAGACACCUCCCAGACACCUCCUAGACACCUCCCAGACACCUCCUAGACACCUCCCAGACUCCCCGUGA